AUGCCGGUGCUGGUGAGGACGUGGGAAGUGCACUGGUACCGUAAUGAACGAGUGGAGACUGCCCAUCACUUCAUCGCGGCGACAGCAUGCCAGGAGGCCGACUACGGCUGGAUGAUUCGGCACUACUGCCUGAAGCAGUUCCAGCUCAGCAUGGAGGGCAUCGGCCAGCGGCUCUGGUGUGACUGGGACGAGACUGUGGGCACCUACGGGGAGCUGACGAACUGCACGGCACUGAUCGCUGAGAGGCUCGACUGCUACUGGCCCAACCGCUUGGUGGAUGAGUUCUUCGUGGCUGUCCACAAGCAGUACUUCAGGAACUGCUCCCCCUCCGGCCGGGCGCUGCACGACCCUCCCAACAGCAUCCUCUGCCCCUUCAUCCUGCUGCCUGUCCUUGUCACCCUGCUGAUGACCGCGCUGGUGGUGUGGAGGAGCAAACGCAGUGAGGGCAUCGUGUAG